AUGAUGACUGGUAUAAUAAUGUUAAUUAAUCAAUAUGUUUAAUCUCAUACUAUUUUGAAAAUAUUAAACAACCUUAUAGUGAUUAUAGUAUUACUUAUUAUAAAUUCUGCUGCUUUAUAUAUAAGAAUUUCUUUACUAUCUAUUAUCAUUUCUAUUUCUAUUACUGUACACUUUAAGGAUAAAUAAAAUAAAUUGAAAUUCUUUGAUUAUUUUAAAAAACACUAAGAAUUAAAAGGAUGGUAGAAGUUUCUUUCUGAAGAGCUUCCCUAAAGUGUAUUCCUAGUAACUAAAAACUAAGAAAAAUAAAUAUUAAAUGAUAAAAAAUUAAAUAUUCAAAAUGAAAGUUCAGAGACAAAAAACCUUUAAAAUAAUAAAAACUCAGUUUCAGAUAACGAAAAUGCUCAUAGCAAAAUAUAAGAUCAUAUUUAAACUAAUAAAAAAAAUGAGAUUUAAUUUUCUUAAAUUGCUAAAGUAAAUUCUAUAUACAACAAAAAUUAAACUGAAAGAUCUCAAACUUUAUAUAACUUUGCUUUUAUGAAUAACAGAUGCUCUCAGUUUAUUUUUGGUAAUAAAGACCAAUAAUCUGAUACUAAAGCAGACUUAAUUAAUGGAAUAAAUAAUAGUAGCAAAUAAACUGAGCAACAUUAACAAUAAAUAAUUAAUUCUGAUGAAGUUGCUUAAAAUUUAAAGCAAUAGUUGCAAAAGCUAAUCAUUUUAAGAAAAAAAGAACAAGUGUCUAGUAUAUAAUAAGAAUCUCUUCAUAGUUAUAUUUUAAAAUGUGAUAACUAAUCUUCAUCUUUAAGAAAAUUCUCAAAAAAGAAAUCUCAACAUAUUCUAUCAAUAGAAAAAGAAAGAAUUUCACUUGACUAACUGAUAAAUGAAUAUUUUGAAGGUCAAAGUACUAAUUAUUAUUCAUAUGAUAAAUAAAGAGUAUCCUCAAAAUAUAAUUUAAAAAGCUAAAGGUCUUAAAAUAAUGAUUAAAAUGAAAUAAAUUCAGAAGAUUCUUAACUCUUAUGUAAGUUUAAACCUGUUUUAAUUGAACAUUAGGUUAAUUGUUAGCAUUUUCUUCCAAACAAAUACUUUGAUUUAAAAAUUUAUGAAUGUAACUAUAAUGAUAAAUAAUCUUUAAUGAUUAUUAUGGAUGAUAUAAGUGAAAAAGUUAUGGAAGAAAGAUUAAGAGAUGUUGAAAAUUAUAAAGAAAAGCUUUUAUCUAUGAUAACUCAUAACUUAAAAACUCCUCUAAAUGGUAUCAUAUGUAUUUUAGAAAGUAUUGUCUUACAAUAGCAGAAUGCUCAUAUAGAUUAAUAAAAUUUAAAUGCUGUUCUUUAGAGCUCUAAAUUGCUUUCCUAUAUGAUAAAUGACUUGAUAGAUUAUAGUUGCAUUAUAAAAGGAAAUUUAUCUUUAAAUCCAAAAUUUUUUAGCAUUUAAGAGUCAAUAAAUGCUUUGACACAACUAUUUCAAGAUUAAAUGCAAUAUAAAAAUAUCAAAUUAAUUGUAAAUAUGGAAAAAAGCAUACAAGAUAUCAUAAUCUUUAAUGACUAAUAAAGAUUUAUGCAAAUUCUUGUUAACUUAAUAUCUAACUCUUUAAAAUAUACCUUUUAAGGAAACAUUUGUUUAUCAUUAGAGAACUGUUAAGAUUCAGAAAGUAUUUAAAUAAUUGUAUCAGAUACUGGAAUUGGAAUGAGAGAAAGUACUGUAAAGAAGCUAAAUUUAUUUUCUGAAAGCAUUCAAAGCGAAUUUGAUUACUAAUCAGGCCUAGGACUUGGAUUAUAGCUUAUUAACAAUUUGAUAUAAAAAAUUGGACCUACAUAAAGUUUAAAAGUAAAGAAAAAUUCACAAGAUGGAGGUACAAUAGUUAAAUUUUCUGUUUACAAAGAUAUUGUAAAAAAGUAAAGUCUAUAUAGUGCCUAAAUGAUAUCUUUUGACUCUAAAUAAUCUCCUAAGUGUAAUAAGGAAACUCUUUAAAUAUCGUACAAUAUUUAAAAUGAAGCAGAGGAAUUUAAAUCUACAGAAUAAAAAGAGAAUGUUAGAUCUCAUAUAAAAAGAGAAAUGAAAAAAUCUUUUAGCUAAUUGUCAAUAUUAUCACUAGCAAAAAGCUAAUAGUGUUCAAUAGCUGAAGAUAAAAAUUAAAUAAAUUAUAUGAACAUUUUAUAAGAAUAGUUAUGCAAUAAAAAAAUAAUGAUUGUGGACGAUACUGUUUUUAACAUCCUUGCUAUGAAAAUUCUUUUCAAAAAUAUUUCUAAUUUAGUCAUAAAUGAAGCUUAUAAUGGUGAGUAAGCAGUCAAUUUAUUUAAAUCAGCUAUAUAAUAAGAAGAAUUUAAAUAAUCUACAAAUUUAUUUAUUCCUGAUAUUAUAUUUAUGGAUAUAAACAUGCCAAUUAAGGAUGGUAUUUAAGCUACUAAAGAAAUUAAUGAGCUUGCAUUAGUUCAUAAAAUCCAAGUUAAAAUUAUUACUGUUUCAGCAUUUGAUUAAGAAAGUGAUAGAGAAAAUUUUUUAAUAGCAGGAUCACAUUAUCAUAUUGCAAAGCCUAUAAAAAUAGAAUCUCUAGUAGAAGGUCUUCACUAUAUUGGAUACUGA